GCGCAGUCGAGCCCCAGUGGGAGCAUCAUCACCGUGUUAUCAUCAUCCAGUUGCUAUUUCACUGGAUUUUUACCCGGCAUGAGCAAUCCCGGGCCGGAGAAGUGGCGGCCAAUGGCCAUUUCCAAUCCGUCCACCCGACUGAGGAUGGCGAGGACAAUGCCCCAUUGGGUCAUGGCACAGGAGCAGCAAAAAUCGCCGGCGCACCCCCGCGGCCCCCCAGCCCCCCCGAAGGUCCCUCCGCCAUCGCUGACCGGCGACUGCGGCGAUCCAGACUACGAGGUCAUCGAAUUUCCCCCGCCGAAUCGAUCGCAGAAUCACGAGGCCAACCUCCAGGCCCGAAAUCCCCAGAAUCCCCUGAAAUGCGCGCUCUGCGGUGGCGCGAAUCUCUUCGCUCGUUGCGACGUCUGCAGGGAAAACUUCUGCGAGGCAUGCGACGACAUGAAUCACAAGCACCCGAAGAGACGCGGCCACACGAGGAGGAGAAUUUUUAGUCAGGAGGUCUCCUGCAGGACCAGACCCCCGCUCCCACCAAAGGGGGAACCCCAGGCGCCACCAGUCCCGCCACCACGACGAAACCGUAGAAACACUCAGGCGAGGGCUACGGUAAAUCAGGAUGCCGGUGUUUCGGUCGGGGUGAAAAGAAACAUCAAUCAUCAGGAGAGGCCCUUGCCGUCAGCACCUGAUGGGGGUUUUAUCAAUCAACGAGGGGCUCAGUCGCAUUCGGCUUUGGAUACUGUCGGCUCGGGGAUGGAUAAAAUGUCAACUUUACAGGAGAGAUAUCGAAGAUACCAGGAGGCGAUGAGAGCUCAGGACGCGAGCAGAAGAAGACUAAACACCCCGGAGGGUUCCAGGGAGGGUAGCAGCCCCAGACCCUUGAGUCUGGGCUCCUCCCGACCAAAUUUGCUCACGCCCCCACCCCCUCCACCCCCCAGGAGCAUGAUGGGAUCCUCCAGUGUGUCGGAUCUCUCCGCUCACCACCUGUGGAACCCGGGGAUGCAGCAGGCCCAAUCAAUGGCACAUUUGGGUCCCCGAGGUGUCCCCAUGCUGUGGUACCCCCCAGGCCCCCCCUGGGACACGAGCCUGAGCGGUUCAACGAUGAGUCUGAAUCAUCCCGCGCUGUGGGGCUACCCCAUGGGCUACAAUCCCCAGGCGAUGCUCCCCCCUCAGUACCCAGGGACCCUGUCCCGGUGCCAGAGCCCCGCGAGGAGCUACAAGUCGAGGAGGAGCAGAGCGCCCUCACCCUCGCCCAGCACAAAGUCCAGGAAGUCGAUGGUCUCGAGGUCGAGGUCAAGACCUCCUUCGGAUUCACCGAGUGACGCCAGUUCUGAGGAGUCCGACGAGUCCGAUUUCGAUGACAGAUUGUCCAGGUGCUCCAGGAGCCUGAGGAGGGGCAGUUUCGCCAAGGGGAGGGGGUACCACGAUGACGAGAGGGCUAGUGUCUCGAGGAAUCGAAGAGGCCACUGGAGAUCAGACGACCGAAUAUCGCUCCCACCCCCCAGAAACCCGGACUACUCAGACGUGGAGACUCGUUCCUACUCGUCCCGGCAGCCCUCCGAAGCCGAGGAAGACCGCAGAUCCCGUCGAGGGGGUUCAAUCCUCCGCGAGGAUCCUCGUCGUCGUCCCCAGCUCUCCGAGACCGACGAGGAUCGUCGCAGGAGCGUCUCCAGAACCCUCCAGCGCUCCUCCAUCUCCCGACAAAACUCAGAGACCGACGAGGACCGCCGAAGAGACUCGAGAAGAAGGCGAUCCCAAUCCAUUGAGCGAUCUCUCGAGGACGAAAAAGUUCGCGUAAAAAAUCCGAUAAAAUCCAAUGGCCUCAGAAAUCACCGGAGAUCUAGUACUGAUCAGGAUUCAGACUCGAAAAUAAAUCGCGAAGUCGUCAGGAAGGUUCAAAAAUCCCCGAAAGAUAGAGAAGAAAAGCUGGAAAUGAAAACUGAAGAGGAAAAUUCACAGAAAAAUCAGGAAGCCUCGAGAAAAAUUCAGGAAAAUCCACAGAAAAAUGCGAAGAAAAUCGAGGGAAUUUCUCCAAUAAAAAAUAAUCCCAAACAAGAACAGAAAGUUGAUAGUUCCCUCGACAAAAAGAUGGUGAAACAGAAAUUAUUGAUGAAUUCGUCUAGAGAAAGGGGAACUGUCAAUGAAGAAUGGGCCUGUGAGCAUUGCACAUUUAUAAAUGAUGCCAAGGUGAAGGUCUGCGUCGUCUGCUGCAAGACGAGGAGGUGUGCAUUGCCCCCGAGUCCAAAUAACGAUUCACCGAGUCCAGAUGGGGACAAGAAACGAGGGGUUCGGGUGUCCAACAGCGAGGAGAGCGACUCCCCUGCGAAUAUCAAAGAGGAGGAAAAUUCUAGUGACGUAGUUGAAGAGGAAGAUGAGAAGGAACAGGAGGAGAAGGAGAAAAUACAUGAGAAGGUACCACUGAAAUGCACGUCAACGUCGACGUCUCCAAUCAGAGAUUUAGGACCUGAACCACCAGAACCGAAAAAACUGCCUUCUUUGAAUGCCUCUCCUGCCCCUGGGAGCCCCGUCCCCUCGCCUGUGCCACCCUCAGGGGCCCAGGCGGUUUCCAUCGAAAGGGGGACGUCACCCCCACCUCAAAGUAUUGCCACACAGACGUAUGAAGUCCCUCAAGAGGUCAAAGCAGCCGCCCAAAGAAAAUCGAAACCAACUCCGGAACCUCGCCAACUAUUCUGCGAUGAGGACACUGACUCAGAGGACCCGAUGCUGUACCCCAACAGUCCAGACUUGUACCCACGUGUCCUCCAGCCCCACUACGUCGUCCAGCCAACGUCGGCCCAUCGAUCCAGACGAAAUUCCAUCGACUCUUCUCACCUUUAUUACCGCUCUAGGGAGCCAAGUCAGUCCAGAUAUCACCAGGAGUCGCCGCAGCACCCGCCAUCCCCAAGUGUAUCGACCCUGACUCGUCAGGGGCUGGAGAUUGUGGAGAUGCUGCGAGAGGCUGAGAAGCAAGGAUUCUCAGCGGACGAUCUCCAAGUGGCCCUGGCCCAGGGUGCUGCGCACCCGGUGGAGUGGCUGACCCAGCAGUGGCCUCACCUCGUGGAGACUGUGCAGGUGCUGGUGUCCACGAGGGGCAGGGAAACGCCGGAUGAUCGAAAUGACAUCGGGAUUUUGUCUGCAAACGAGGCUAAAGAGGCCCUGAGGAGCUGCAAGGGGGAUGUCUGGACUGCUGUGACGAAGGCUAUUCAGAUGAGACAGCAGAAGUGCGCAGGGAUAAUGUCAAAAGGUAAUUUUCCACUAGUGGAUGUGAUAAAAUCCCUGAACAGUCACGGAGGCAACGAAGACGUUGCACUCCUAGAACUCCAGAAGAAUCAACUAAAACCGUUUCUAAUGCGAAUUUGGGGACCGCCUGUUGGGGUUGACAACGACGAGGCUGCUCCACGCAUGGAAGUAGCCAGUGCGAUCGAUUCGUCACAAAUGCUCGAUGAAAAAUCGAUGGCAGCCGGAGGGGGAGUGGAAUCGAAGAAACAGGUAAUGUCAGAAAAACUCACUGAUUUCCCAGAGUUGCAGGAAGAAUUGCUGAAUAAUUCCAUCGAAAAAGCAUCCAAAAUAGCGAGAAAAUCCCCCAAAGAAGGUAAUAAUGAAAACGAUUUAUUCAGCAGUUGUGAAAGUCCCCGAGACCUAAGUCCAAAAAAUAAUGAAGCAAAAACAGUGAAGACUCAGCAGAAGCAAGAAAUUCCAACUGAGGCAUCAACCCCACCUGAGAACCCCAACCCCCCGAAAGUAGAUGAAUCCCUUCAACUUAAACCCAAGAAAUCCACUAAACCUGAAGACGAAACCAAUGGAAUCGAUCAAAAUAACGAAAUUAAUCCGUCAAAUGGAAUUGAUCGAUCGAAUGGAAUUGAUCGAUCGAAUGGAAUUGAUCAAGACGAUGGAUUACACAAUUCAGAAGCAGUAGAGCAAUUGCUAUCAGCGAUGAAAUCCCUUCCUGAACAAUUUCUGGGACCUCUGACAGCUGUGUUGCAAGGACUCUCUAACAAAUCACAUGACGAAAUGGGAAAUUCAGAAAUUGGAGCUCCCACUCCUGUUUACGAGAAUGUCGAGCUUUCAGAGGAGAUUUUGGAGACUUCAUCAGGUGUCUCGGGACCUCCAGGAACGUUCUCAAGCAUUUUGGCUGCAGAUCCAUUGCCUAAAGUCGUUGGAGAGGGUUCGGAAAUCAUUAAAAUCCCUCCGGACGCAUCAGACUCACCCCCAACAAUCAGGAAAAUCGGAAAAGGAUGUGAAGUCCUUAAUAAUAAAAAAUUAAGGAAAUCUACUGUGAUAAUGUCACCGGUUCCUUCGCAAGAAAUCAGAGAAACAUUAGCAAAAGAAGAAUAUUUUAACUGUAAUUUAAUUGUUGAAGAACUUGGGGAAAAAUUAAGGGGAGAAAUAAGAAAUUAUCAAUCAAUUCCAGGGAAAGAAAUACUAAUUAAUGCAAAAAAUGGAGAAGUAAAAGAACAAACAAGUGACAGACAAGAAAUUUCCCGAGACAAUAAUGAAAACAAAUUAAUGAAGGGAGAAUAUAGAAGAGAAAUAAGCGGUAAUAAUCGAAAAAUUCCACUUGAAUCCUCGAAAAUCAAGGCAACUCGGUCAGAAACUCCUGGAAAGGGUGAUGAGAGUCUAAAAUCGUUCAUCCGAGGGCAAGAAAAUUGUGGAAAUGCUCAAACUACUAUUGAAAAAAUUGAAGAAAGUUCAAACGAAAUCAUCAGGAUUCAAGAAAAUAGUGAAAAUACUGCAAUAAAUCGAAAAAUUUCACUUGAAUCACCAAAAAUACCGGCAACUCCAUCAGAAACUCCUGAAAAAAGUGGAGAGAGUCUAAAAUCGUUCGUCCAAGUCCAGAAAAAUUCUGAAAAUACGGCAGAAACUCAUUUAAAAACUGAGGAAAAUCCAAAAUCAAUCCUUAAAGUCCAAAAAAAUAGUGGAAAUACUGAGAAUUCUGCUGAAAAAAUUGAAGAAAGUUCGAAAUCAAUCACUAAACUUCAAGAAAAUAGUGAAAAUACUUCAAAAACUCUUGAAAAAAGGGUACGUACACAGUGUGAAGUUUCCCCCGCGCCUCAAUCACUCGCACCACUUCACGAGCCAUUGCCAUCAUCACUAAGCAUGAGCACUCUGAAAUCAUUAAAAACUAGAUUCUCAAGCAUGAUGUCAAGAUUUCCAUUGUCGAAGUCCAUGAUAAUGGGAGUGAGUGAGAAGCCAGACUCUCCCGCUACUAAUAAAAAUCCGAAAGAUGUGAGCAAAGAAGAAAUACCGAUUUCUAACGCUUCUAAUGAUCCUCCAGGCUCUGAAUCAUCGGCUGUUGUUGAAGUGAUGGAUGAUGGAGCUUGUUUAGUGAUUAGUCCACCCAGAGACUUUGGUGACGACGAAAAUGAUAAACCUCGGGAUUUUCAUAUUUUGGGGGAGAAGGAAGACGAUAAAUUAGAGAAUUUGGGUGUUGAGAGUGGUUUUAGGCGUGAGGGAGGUGUCAAGGUCAUGCGAAGUUCUAUUUACAUUGAACCUUUGUGUUUUUCUAAGGGGAGACAACAUCAAGAAGACGAUGAAAUGAGAAAUAUGAGUAUUUCUGGUGUUGAAGAAGAAAUAACAGAUCGAGGAAGAAAUAAUAAAACUGAAGAUUUCGUGGGAGAAAUAGAAAAUGAAGAUGAAGCUUUGCGUUUUUCUAAGGGAAGACAACAUCAGGAAGACGAUGAAAUGAGAAAUAUAAGUAUUUCUGGUGUUCAAGCAGAAAUAACAAAUCGAGGAAGAAAUAAUAAAACUGGAGAUUUUGUGGGAGAAAUAGAAAAUGAAGAUGAAGCUUUGCGUUUUCCUAAGGGGAGACAACAUUGGGAAGACGAUGAAAUGAGAAAUAUGAGUAUUUCUGGUGUUGAAGAAGAAAUAACAGAUCGAGGAAGAAAUAAUAAAACUGGAGAUUUCGCGGGAGAAAUAGAAAAUGAAGAUGAAGAGAUAAAGAUCGAUGUGAAGACUGCGGAAGAGAGUGAAUUGGCUGAAGAAUUUUUCGAUUCUUUGGAAGAGUUCAUGACGCCGGAAGUGAUCGAAGAAAUUUUGAAAAAUGCAGAUGUUGAGGUUGACGCGGGAAAUUAUUGUAGGGAGGAUUUAAUUGAGGGGAUGGCACCAGAGACUUUUGAAUUGAUGAUAAAGGAGUCUCCUGCGAUAACCGUGAACGACGCGGCGCCGGUUCUGGGGUCUCCGGUGGUCCAGGGGUCUCUGAAGAUGAAUUUAGUGAGAUCGGGGGAAGGUCAGAAGUCAUUGUCUCUCGAAUCUGUUGGAAACGCGUCUGAAAAAUCAUGGGAUGAUCCUAAUUCGUCUUCUAAUGAGGGAACUUCACAGAAAAAAUCGAGAGAGGAUGUGGAAACAGUAGGAAAAGUUGGGAGAGGGGGUAAAGCUUUGACUGUGAAGAGAACGACGAAAAGGGCGAAGUCUCCGGUGAAGCGGGUUUACGCCAGGAGAAUUCCUGUAAUGAGAUCCGCUAGGAAAUCAUUUUCUCCACCGAAAAAGAAUUUUGGAAUUGCGCCGAAGCCUUCGUUCAGAGCUAGAGAGUUGGCCGGAAGGAUUUCUAGGUCAAUGACUGGUAAGGACAAUCAAGUAGAGAAAACUGACAUCAAUAAUGGAGAAAUUGGGAAAGACAUAGCUUCAGCAAAAUCUUGUGUUAAAAAUGAAAAGAAUUCCCAAAAAAUUUCUGUGGAAGAAGAAAAAAUUCCACAAGAAGAAAAAGCUCCAUUGGAUAUAUUGAAAAACGAUGGAAACAUUUGCGAAGAGAUAACUUCAUUAAAAAAUUCUGUUAAAGAAGAAAAAACUGCAUCAAAAACAGAAAUGGAAUCUAAAAAGAAUUUUGGAAUUGCACCGAAUACUUCGGUUAGACGUAGAGAGUUGGCUGAAAGAGAUUCUAGACCAGGGACUUGUAACAAUGAUCGAGUAGAGAAAAUAGACAUUAAUAACGGAGAAAUUGGAAAAGAGAUAACUUCAUCAAAAUCUUGUAUUGAAAAUGACGAAAUUUCACAAAAAAAUUCUGUUAAAGAAGAAGAAAUUCCACAAGAAGAAGAAGCUCCAUUAGAAAUAUUAAAUGAUGACCGAGAUAUUUGCGAAGAGAUAACUUCAUCAAAAACUUCAAUUGAAGAAGAAAAAACAUCUUUGAAAAAUCCUGUCAAAGAAAAAAUUCUUCAAAAAGGAAAAACUGGAUUAAAAAUAUGUGAUGAUGAAGGAAUUCCAAAAGAGAUAACUUCAUCAAAAACAUGUGUUGAAGAAGAAAAAACUUCUUCAAAAAAUCCUGUCAAAGAAGAAAAAAAUCGUCAAAAAGAAAAAACUGGAUUAAAAAUGUCAUGUGAUAAAGAAGGAACUCUAAAAGAGAUAAAUUCAUCAAAAACUUCUUGCAAAAUUCCUAUCGAAAAAGCAAAAAAUCCACAAGUAAAAAAUCCCCCAUUAAAACCAGAAACGAAACCUAAAAAUACUUCAGCCAAAAAAUCGGAACUAGACCUGGAACCCAAUCGGCAAAACGACUCGAUAAAAACUUCAACCACAGUAAAAUCCCUGGAUAUAAAUGUCGCCAAAGUCAAGAGCGAAGAUAAAGGGCUGACAGUUCUCGAUAGAUUGCGCAAAUCGCCUUCAAAAAUUCCGGUUUACCAGAAGAAACCUCAGACUGUCUCCGUGACGAGUCAAAAAAUCAUCGAAGUUAGUUCUUCGAAGCCUGUGAGGGCUGAGAUAACUCCCCCCAUUCGCGCUAUUCCAGUAUUAUCUCCAAUUAUUCCUUCAGCCAGUGCAGCUCAAACCCACGAAAGCCCUCCCAACCCCUCAUGCUUCCCUAAAGUCAACGCUUCAAAGCCUGAAACCGAAGAAAAUGUAGAGAAAUUAAAUCAAAAAGAACAUGCAAACCUCCCAAAAGAAGAAAUAAAGACUAAAAAUACUAAAGAAGAGGACAAAGACCCUGGAAAAUCACCAGCUAAGCCACAGGAAAAACAAGAAUCAGAACAAAUUAUCUGUUCAAGAGAUCAAGAAUAUGAGGAAGAGCUCGAAGAUGAAGAAAUCGAAGGAGAGAAAGAAGACUUUGAAGAGGAGAUUGAAGACGAGGGCAGUUCAGACGAAGAGAUCCUGGAGAUUGUCGAGGAAGAAAUAACGUACUCCAGUAAUUCAUCUUCCACAGGCUCUCAGAAGAUGUCAACAGUCCUCGAGAGACGAUCGUCUUCAACGGAGGAUCUGACAAGCGCUGAGCUGAUGCUGCAGAGGACGUUAGACCGAAUAAAAGCGGAAUUAUCGAACUCAGAAUUCGAAGAUGAAGAUGAAGAAGAAGGGAUAAUAGUCAAUUCCAGUGAAGAUGAUGAUGAAGACAUCCCAGAAAUUUCUGAAUAUAGUCCUGAACGGAAUCUAAUAACCGAUAACUCUCUGAAAUCAUCAAAUGCGCCUCAAGUUGCCUCGGAGGAAGAAAUACCUUCGGAAGAUAACAACCAAGAGAUCAUUGUCAACAUAAAACUAGACCCCAAACCCUCGAAAUUACUGGUGACAGAGCCUGAGGUAGUGGUAGAGCACACGGUAACUCCCAGAAAACGUUUCUCAAUUGUUGCGAGUUAUGUGCGACAGUUCGAAGGAGAAAUGCCAAAACGUGAGAGAAGAAACUCGAGGGAAGUUUCGAAGGACAUUCAGAAACGUGACAGGUCGCCGAAGAAUGAGAGGGAGAGAACGGCAAGACGUUUAUUGGCAGAGGGUAAAGUCUCCAAUUAUGAGGAGGCAGAAAUUGCUGCUAGUCUAAUCACCUUGAAGUUUCAAGAUGAUGAAGCUAUUCAUGCAGCCAAAGAGUGCGGGAGUGUAGAGUCAGCUAUUGCUUUUCUCCAGCAAGAGUGUGAAUUGUGCACUGGAAGAUUUGCAGUCAAUCAGAUGAUUUCGAUGCUGAAGUGCAUCCACAGGUGCUGCAACGAUUGCGCCAAGAACUACUUUACGAUCCAAAUAAGUGACAGAAACAUCAUGGACGCUGUCUGUCCGUUCUGUAAAGAGCCUGAUCUGAAAGACGCGAAUGAGGAUGAGAUCCUCGAGUAUUUCAGUAUUCUUGAUAUUCAACUGAAGUCCCUUCUCGAUGCACCCAUUCACGAACUCUUCCAGAGGAAGUUGAGGGACAGAACGCUGAUGCAGGAUCCGAAUUUCAAGUGGUGUGCGCAGUGCUCGAGUGGAUUCUACGCAAAUCCAAAUCAGAAGCGGUUGAUCUGCCCUGACUGCAGAUCUGUGACGUGCGCAUUCUGUCGAAGACCUUGGGAAAAGCAGCACGAGGGAACAACAUGUGAGCAAUUCUCCGCCUGGAAAGACGAGAACGACCCAGACAAUCAGGCAGCAGGUCUAGCCCAGCACCUAGCUGACAAUGGAAUUGACUGUCCCAAGUGUAAAUUCCGUUAUUCACUAUCUCGUGGAGGCUGCAUGCACUUCACCUGCAAUCAAUGCAAAUACGAGUUUUGCUGUGGCUGUGGCAAGGCCUUCAUGAUGGGAGCGAAAUGCUCCAUCAGUCCUUACUGCUCAAAGCUCGGUCUCCACGCCCAUCAUCCCCGCAAUUGUCUCUUCUACCUGCGCGAUAAGGAACCAGCACAGCUGCAAGAGCUCCUGAGGGAGAACAAAAUUGAAUUCAAUACUGAAAAUCCCAACAACGAUCAAAAGUGCAAGGUUCAGCUGCAGAAGGAGACUCCAACAGGAGUUGUCGAUGCUGUCUGCAAUUCUGAUGUUGUGGAGAAUCACGCGGGACUCUGCAGGAUUCACUACGUUGAAUAUCUCGUGCACAAAAUACGUGUCUCAAAGCUGGAACCACUGUCCCUCCUAUCAAUCGAUGACCUUGAAACGUGUGUUAAACGUGCAGGUAUCAGUUUACCACCAAAUUGGCAGCACUACGUUGAGUACCUGGCCAGUCUAGUGCUCAAGGCUAAAUUGGAUCCUGUGGAGAUAUUUGAUUUGAACGAGGCCAAACAAGAGUUGCGCCGACGGGGAAAAGUGCCGCCUGCUAAAGCACAGGAAAUGUCUGAGAUGGAAUACCUCAAAGUUUGCAUUCAGGUGGUGCAAGAGGAGAUUCCAUUGGAGUGAAAAUUCCAAGCGAGAGUGGUUUUGGAUCAUUUAUACCCUGAUUUUAUGUAUUCAAUCGUUUAUUACAAAAAUAUUUAUAUUAGAGAAUAAAGGAUGUGAAAAAACGUUUGAAAACAUUAAGAUUACUCACAA